GAACUCAGCUGGUGCUGUUGUCGUGACAACCAAUAAGGGUGCAUCGGACUCUUGUGAAGGGGUGCGAUGUAUGAACGGGGGUGGGGUAAUCGGGUAGAGAGAGCGCUAGAGUGAGAGGCGCUGGUGACUGGAGAGGACUGAAUUUCAUCCCCACCUCUAAAGAACUCUGCUGCCUGCCCAUCGCUGCCUUUACGCGGGAGCAGAACGCACAGUGGAAUAUAGCGCUUGCAGAGAGGGUUUUCGGAAUAUAUGUUUUCCUCCAAGCCUAUUUGUUUUCGUUAUUUCAACGCGUAUUUAUCUUCCUCAACAUCAUAGAAGCCAUUGGUCACACUUUGUCGUGGAGUAGGCUAUUGCCAAGGGUCGGAGCGUCACUUAAAUUCCCUUUUAGAAGUCCAAACACUUUCUAUCGGAUCUCUGCGCGUCCGGUUCGAAAUGCUGGUCGGAAGGAGACCGUGUUGGAGGCAAUUGCAGGCUUCUUUUUUCAGACUCCUGUGUCUUAUUCCUACAGGGUUCCCCGUCCGAAGUGUGGAUAUGCAGCGAGCGACGGACAACAUUACUAUUCGUCAGGGUGAUACAGCGGUUAUCAGGUGUUACGUGGACGAUAAGGUGUCCAAAGUUGCUUGGCUCAACCGAUCCAACAUCAUCUUCGCUGGGGAGGACAAGUGGUCGCUGGACCCGCGUGUGGACCUGGUGAACAAGGGCCAGCUGGAGUACAGCCUUCGCAUCCAGAAAGUGGAUGUGUACGACGAGGGCUCCUACACAUGCUCCAUCCAGACCAAACAGCAGUCCAAGACCUCUAAUGUCCAUCUCAUUGUCCAAGUUCCGGCAAACAUUUACAAAGUUUCGGAAGACAUCACUGUGAACGAAGGCAGCAAUGUGACAUUGAGUUGUCUAGCCAAUGGGAGGCCAGAUCCAUCAAUCACCUGGCGACUGCUCAAUCCAUCAGCGGAUUCUCUAGAUGGGGAGGAGUACCUGGAUAUAUCAGGGAUCAUGAGGAACCAGGCGGGCCGCUACGAAUGCAAAGCCAGCAAUGACGUGGCCACACCGGACGUCAAAUACGUCAAUGUUGUCGUCAACUAUCCUCCCGCCAUCAAGAAUGCCAAGAGCUCUGAAACCCAGGUGGGCCGAAUGGGGGUUCUUCAGUGUGAUGCGGCCGCAGUGCCCAAACCAGAGUUUGAGUGGUACAGAGAUGACAAGAGGCUAUCCAACGCCCAGGGAAUCAGCAUCCAGAUCGUAGGGACCACAACUGUCCUGAUGAUCUCCAACGUUACAGAGGAGGACUAUGGCAACUACACAUGUGUUGCAACCAACAGACUUGGGAUCCAAAAUGCUAGUCUCUUCCUCUAUAGACCUGGGACGGGUCGAGACAUCAACGGCUCCGCCUGCCUAUCCCAGUCACUGUGGCUCCUCCUGGCCUCCAUCACCUGCCUUCUCUUCAAGUGUUAAUAACACCACCAUCCUUCCAUUGUUAUUACCUACCAAGUUAUUACAUUGAGACUGUUUGUUUGCAUAAUGUAACAAAAAUCCUGACGUGCUUCGAUGCACCAAACUAGAUAAUAAGAAGAUAGAAUGGGCUUAUUAAUAAGUUUUUAGUAACAAAAAAUAUGAAAUGGAGAAAAUGGAACAAACACUGCUUUUUCUAAGAAACAGUUAUUGCCAUUUUAACAUGCUGAAGUCUUGCUUUUCCGCUGUCAUUACUCUUGUUUCGGUUGGGGGAAUUGGGUGUGGUUCAUUGUAUUUUGUCCCCAUGAAUGCGUAAGUCUAAUUUCCCAAAUGGCAGGGAUUUGAGGUCAAGUACAACAAUCGUGGAUAUCUGCAAGAAGCACUGAGACGUUCAAGUUACUGUUCCUUUCCUAAUGGCAUUUUACUGUUUUGUUAGACUAAAAGGUCAUUGUAACCAGUGCAUUAUCAGAAAAAAAAUACGCCAAUAUCUGUCCAAAAAUCUAAAUUUAAAACAAUAGAUUUGAAACUGUUUAUAAUUCACAUUAUGUCAAAGCCAACACACUCCAGUCAACAUUACAGAAAAACAGUAGAACAUGCUUGCUAUGCUUAAUUUCAAUAGUAAAGUGAUAAUAACCGGGUGCAAAUAGCCUCAGUUACAUUAGAUACAUGGCUAGUUUCCUCUAAAUUAACUGCCUCAUUUUUGGACUCAUCAAUAACUGUGGACUAGCAUGAGGUAUGCUUUGGUGAACUACUCUUUGCAAACCCUCAUACAAACGCUUGAAAUGUGUAUUCAUCUACUUUCAGGACCUUCUUCAAACAAAACAUAGGUAAUAUUGAUGCGUUACUGUAUAUAAUAAAACAACUAUUUCUCUAUAUGAUAAAAAUAACUUGUUCCACCACUGUAACAAGAAAAAUAGUAAUUAUUGUUGCAGUAUGUGUUGUUUGUAUGAUUACAAACCAACUAUACUGUUCAGUUUCUCUAUGGCAAACUGUAUUUAGCUUCAGAAAUGGCCUGCCAUAGUAGCUUUUAUUUUGUCAACUUUCUCCAUUUAAUUUUGAGCUACCACAGUUAUACUGCUGGAAUUUGGAUAUAAAUGUAUGACAUGAAUGAUGUGCUUUUCUUUUCUGUUUUACAAGUAUGUGUGUUUUCAUAAUGAGAUAUGGAAAUUCAUAAUUUAUGGGGUUAUUUUAAAUAAUUUCCGUUAAUGGUGUAAAUACUUGAAUCCAAUGUCCUUAUAUAUAAAGACACAUUUAAUAUGUCCAUGUUUCUAAAUAGGUCAGUAAUUUGUUGAUAAUUAACUUGUAGUAUUCCAUGGCAGCAGCCCUUUGCACCAUGCAAGGAAAGAACACUAGAGAACAAUGUUUUUAAAAGGGUACUCCUGAGUGGCGCAGUGGUCUAAGGCAGUGCUAGCUGUGCCACUAGAGAUCCUGGUUCGAAUCCAGGCUCU